AUGGUAACAAAACCGCCCACUCCAUGCGGACACACCGCCCAUCUGCGAGUAGCUCUCUUACUACUGGCUGCGCUAUUAUCCCAGGAGGAUUCCUAUUGGUUAGUUACCUGUCAGUCACGUGAAGGUGGGAUUCAAAAACCUGAACCGGAAGCGGAAGCAGGUACCGUACGGCAGGUGCGCCAAGUUGUAGGAUGGAUCAAUAUGCGGUGAAUGGGUUAAUUAUCAGGAUUUCCAUAGAUACCGGGCCACAAACCAGGGCUCUGUGUGACUCUGGGAGCCUCCCAGCCUGGGUCACGUGAUGAGCUGAACUGCUCUGUGGCCAGCAGCAGGGCAGUGCGUGAGGGUAGUGUGGGCAUUAAUGUUUACACAUAGAGCUCCAGGCUGGUCACUGUCUAAUGAGGCAGAUUCCUGGGUAGUGUUACUGGCUCUUUUAUUACUUUAUUUACUAUGACUUUUUAUUUAUUUUUUUAUCAUUAUUAAUUAGGAAGUACUAAUUAAAUUAUAUUUGUAAACACGUGUUUAUAAAAUAAAGUCAAAAUUAAAGGACAACUGUCAGCUGAAAACUAUUUUUUAAUAUAGUUCUUUCAUCAAGUUUUUCAAAAGAAAUAGGUGUUUUUUUUUUUGUUUUUUUUUAAAAUGAAGUAUUUUAGUUAAAAAGAUUUAACUCAUCCCUACCUUCAGUAUAUGACGGGGUCCUUCAGCCAUAUACAUACACCUUGGGUCAGACAGUGUUUCAAAACUGACGGUUUCUGUAGUCUUAAAGGGGCACUCCCUAAAGCAUUUAAACUUGCCUGCCGAAAAGCUUUGUGUGUGUGAAGAGUGUGUCUUUUUCAUUUUGCAAAAAGUGCAGAUUUCAAUAGAAAUUGACACUUUUCUAAAUUAUAUGUGUUACACCGCCUUUGGCUUUCAGGUAGACUACGGUUACUGUUACUUUCUGGUUUGGUUAGUUCAGUGGAGCUAAAAUCAAGUGGCAUCAAUUGCCCAGAAAACCUGCCUUGCAAAGACUUCUCAUUGGGGAGUCUGUUAAUGGACAGCCACAGAAAGCCUGGGUGGGUUAGAAGGGACAAACUAGCAGACAAGAGAAAUGCAGGUUUUGCAAGAGAUUUGCACAAUUAAAUGCAUUACGUUUUCAUUGGGGGUAUAUAUACUAAACAGUGAUUUUAUAUUUGGGCAGUGGAGUGUCCCUUUGCUUCUUUUCAGAGAGUGAAGCAGGGAAAAAUAUGGAAACUUACGGGUUACUCCCUAAAAUGAGAAUUGCAGAGAUUUGAAUGUAAACUUCAAAUUGAAGGCCAAAAAAGCCAAACUGGAAGCAAAUUUUUCUUGUUCAGCUAUUUUGACCUCUCAUUUGAAAUUCACUUUGCAUUCCCUGCAAUUCUCACUUGAAGGGAUACUAUAGUGUUAGGAAUACAUAUCUGUAUUCCUAACACUGAAGUUCCUUCCGCCUCCCCAGCCAAUAAAGAGUUAAAAAUCCUUUAUUUACUUACCUGUUUCGGUGCACUGCCUCCUGCAAAAUCAUCUUAGUGCGUUAGGCCCUCCCUUUAGAAAAGCAUUGAAACAAUGCUUUCCUAUGGGAAGUUGACUGACGCUGGAUGUCCUCAUGCAGAGCGCGAUGACGUCCAGCAUCAGUUAGGUGACUUAAAGUCGUCUAAUAAGCAGGAAGUGCUUGUAGUGACUGUUUUAGUGCUACAAUAUAAACAUUGCAGUUUCUCUAAAACUGAAAUGUUUUACAUUGAAGGACUAAGUGUGACAGGGACACUGCACCCAGGCCACUUCAAUGAACGGAAGUGGUCUGGGUGCCUAUAGUGUCCCUUUAAGUGAAUAACUGUGUUACUCUCAGUCUUUAAAACUGUCUGAAACAAGGUGCAUGUAUAUGGCUGAAGGAUCCUGUUAUAUACUAAAGGUAGGACUAUUUCUAAUUUGUUUUUGCAUAUACUAAAAAUAAAUAUACAGUGGAACCUCGGAACUCAAACUUAAUCCGUUCCCGAAGAAUUAAUGUAAAAUUGAUUAAUCUGUUUCAGACCCCCAAAACUACAGCAUUUUACAUUUAUAUGUAUGCAUUAAAAUGCAGAGAUCACUCUAAUAAUAAGCACCUUACAUGUAUUUGAGUAGUUCCUGCCCUUCAACUUGCUAAAAACUUACUGUUGGUCAUUAUUACAAUUAUUUAUAAUAAUUGUCUGACUUGAAAAUGAGACAUGACUCUUUGUUGUAUGUUCGGGUACCAAGACAAUUUUUACUCAAAUUUCUUUUGUUCGACUUACGAAUUGUUCGAGAACGGGACCAUUCGAGCUCCGAGGUUCCACUGUAUCUAUUUUCUUUACAAAUUUGACGAAAGGAUUCUUAUAUUAAAAAUAGUUUUGAGGUAACAGUUUCCUUUAAAGGAGCACUCAAAGCACCAUAACAACUACACUGUGCUGUACCCAUCGUAUUAGUAGUCAUUUGUCUAACAGCAGAAAGCUCUCUACUUGAGGUAAGCGCAGCGGUACAGGGCUUGGUUGGCUUGUAGUAUUCAGCUGAAGCUCUCAAUCAGUGAGCUGGCCAUGCAUCUCAAACUCUGCCCUCCCAGAUGGUAUACUACAAUGUUAUUAUUUACUAGACAUCAAUUGCAUUCAAAGAAUGGCUGUAAGCCGUCAACAUGGGGGCCAGAGUUUGAGAUCCCUGUUUUAAAGGGACAGAGCAGAGAGGGUUUACCACUCAUUUUAAUGCAUUGCAGAGAUCAUGCAUUUAGAAAUGUCUAAGGUAAAUAUGCUGCUAUGCAGCAUUAUAGAUUUAAUCCAACCAUCAUAACCAAUACAACCCACUGUAGUGAUUAUGUUGUGCAGAGUACCCUGGCCCCAUUUCCCAGUAAUGGGGCAAACCGUUUUCCAACAGGAUCAGCAUAUAUUCCUGACACUAUAGUAUAUUUGUGGCUGUUUAGGCCUCCCUUAGAUUGCUCUGAAAAGGUGAUCUUGCUCACCUUUUUCCCAUGCUGCACAAGUGCGCAUCAAUCUUAAUGAUCUCAGCUGAUUCAAUGCUUUCCCAUAAGAAAGCAUUGGGCAUCUAUUACACAUGAAAAGGCAGCUUUUUACACUGAAAUGCCUGCAGGGACAUGCUAUAGACACCAGAAUCACUACAUUAAUCUGUAGUUGUUCUAUACUAUAGUGUCCCUUUAAAUUUCCAAAUUCUAAUCGCAUGGUUUCUUACAACCAAUGUCAUUUUUUUCUCUCUCCACUUUGUCCCCCCUCCCAUUUCUUUCUCCCUAGUUUGUUUUGCUUUUUUCUUCCACCUUCUGCUGAUUUUUUUUAUUAUGUUAUGUUAUUCCUUUCUUCUUAAGAUAUGUUAAAGGACCACUAUAGGUACCCAGACCACUUCAGCUUAAUGAAGUGGUCUGGGUGACAGGUCCAACUAGGAUUAACCCUUUUUUCAAUAAACAUAGCAGUUUCAGAGAAACCGCUAUGUUUAUAAUAGGGUUAAUCCAGCCUCUAGUGGCUGUCUCAUUGUCAGCCGCUAGAGGCGCUUCCGCGCUUCUCACUGUGAAAAUCACAGUGAGAAGACGCCAGCGUCCAUAGGAAAGCAUUGAGAAUGCUUUCCUAUGAACUGGCUGAAUGCGCGCGCGGUUCCUGCCUGGCAUGCGCAUUCAGCCGAUGACGAUGAGAAGGAGGAGGAGAGUCCCCCGCCUGGCGCUGGAAAAAGAGGUAAAUUUAACCCCUUCCACCCCGUAGAGCCCGGCGGGAGGGGGGCCCUGAGGGUGGGGGACCUAGAGACCCUAUAGAGCCAGGAAAACGAGUAUGUUUUCCUGGCAUUAUAGUGGUCCUUUGAGGUUUUGGACAGAUAAUACUGGGACUGGGCUUUUGGUGCAAGGAAUCAAACUACUCAAAAAUGGAUUGUCAGAAAACAGAGGGGUUGCCCCAAAAGAAGUCUUGUGCUGUAGUGAUUACAAUACACUGUAGUGGUUAUGGUGCUUGAAUUGCCCCUUUAAGAUGUUGAUGUACAGUUAGAGGGUAGACUAUCAGCUGUCUGAAAGGGAGAUAUAACAUUUCAUAGUUAAUCAUAUCUGAGCAUAUGGUGAUUUGUUGCAGAUUCGGAAUCAUAAUGGAAGAAGAAAGUAUAUGUAAAGAGAUUUCCAAUGUGCUUCAACUAAAUGUGGGAGGCUGUAUUUUCACCGCCAGACGGGAAUCUCUCUGUCGCUUCAAAGAUUCAAUGCUGGCUUCAAUGUUUAGUGGUCGAUUUCCUCUAAAACUUGAUGAGUCUGGUAAGUAUUUCUUUCUCCUAUGUAGUAUCCAUAAUAACUACCAGAAGCAUAAUUCAAACUUUCAACUAAUUACACACCACAUAUUCAUCAAUUAUCCCUGGGAAUAAGAUUCUCUUUUCUAUUUUAGAAAAGCAGAUCAUUGCCAAGAAUGUAUUAAGUUUUAAAUUAUUAAAUUAAAUUAAUGGCUAUUAUUUGUUUAAUCAAACAUUGACUGCAGUGUAUGUUUUGUAGUGCUGUAGAGUUGGAGGUGGAAGCAAUUUUGAAUUACUGCAGUCUGUAAAAAAUGUACCAACUCCGACUAAAUCUAAGUUGAACCAAUGUAUAAGUCAACCUCAAAAAAUGAGAGGUGUAAUAUAGGUUUAAGCCUAUAUUAGGACUAUAUUUAGGCCUGUAUGAGGACUUAUAUUAGCAUUUUGACCUAGGCUAAGCAACAGAAUCGGAAGUCCUAUUUCAUGUAUAAUUAACCCCUUAAGGACUGGACUGUUUUUGCGAUGUUGUACAUUUGCAACCAGGAAUAUUUUUACACUUUUCUGGUGUUUGUGUUUAGCUGUUAUUUUCCGCUCUCUCAUUUACUGUUCCCAUACAAAUUAUAUAUUGUUUUUUUCAGGACAAAAGGGGCUUUCUUUACAUACCAUUAUUUAUAUAAUCUCAUGUAUUUUAAUUUAAAAAAAAUACAAAAAUAUGAUGAAAAAUUGAAAAAAAUACAUGUUUUUUGACUUUUACUUGAAAAAUCUUUUACUCAUCUACAAAAGCGAAUGAAAAAAACAGCUAAAUAGAUUCAAAAUUUUGUCCUGAGUUUAAAAAUACCCAGUGUUUACAUGCUUUUUUGCUUUUUUUGCAAGUUAUAGGGCUAUAGGUACAAGUAGGAUAUGGCGGUUUCAAAACAAUUUUUUUUUAAAUGUAUCAAUAGUGACAUUGUAACACUAUUAUCUGUCAUAAAUCUCUGGAAAACACUCCACAUGUAUAUAUUUUUUUUAAAGUAGACAACCCAGGGUAUUCAUCUACGGAUAUUUUGACACUUUCUAUGCAGCCAUUUUACCACAAGUCUUUGCCAAACUUUGCAUAGAUAGUUGUUUUUUUUGUGUUUUUUCACAUACAUUGCAAUUCAGGUAUAAUCUUACAGAUCCUGUUAUGUCUUGCUGCCAAACAACACGCCAAUAUGUGUUCAGCAACAUCUCCUGAGUACAGUGAUACCACCCAUGCAUAGGCUUGUCGGAUUGUUUGGGGGCUAAAAGGCCACAUUUGGCAGGUGCGCAUAUCCAUUUUUCAACUUGGAAUUUUGACAUGUAGUCAACCUGCGCACAUGUCCUAUUUGGGACAUUUGUAAGGCCGGCCAAUGUAUUUUACCCCCACCAAACCAUAUAUUUUUGGAAAGUAGACACCCUAGGGUAUUUCAAAUGGUGGUUUUUUAACACUUUCCAUGCACUAAUUCUACCACCAGACUUUGUCAAACAUUUAGGUAGUCAUUUUUUGUGUGUUUUUUUUCACACACAUUGUACUUUAGGCAUGAAUUAACAAAUCGUGUUAUGUGUCACUGCCAAACAACACGCCAAUAUGUGUUCAGCAACAUCUCCUGAGUACAGUGAUACCACCCAUGCAUAGGCUUGUCGGAUUGUUUGGGGGCUAAAAGGCCACAUUUGGCAGGUGCGCAUAUCCAUUUUUCAACUUGGAAUUUUGACAUGUAGUCAACCUGCGCACAUGUCCUAUUUGGGACAUUUGUAAGGCCGGCCAAUGUAUUUUACCCCCACCAAACCAUAUAUUUUUGGAAAGUAGACACCCUAGGGUAUUUCAAAUGGUGGUUUUUUAACACUUUCCAUGCACUAAUUCUACCACCAGACUUUGUCAAACAUUUAGGUAGUCAUUUUUUGUGUGUUUUUUUUCACACACAUUGUACUUUAGGCAUGAAUUAACAAAUCGUGUUAUGUGUCACUGCCAAACAACACGCCAAUAUGUGUUCAGCAACAUCUCCUGAGUACAGUGAUACCACCCAUGCAUAGGCUUGUCGGAUUGUUUGGGGGCUAAAAGGCCACAUUUGGCAGGUGCGCAUAUCCAUUUUUCAACUUGGAAUUUUGACAUGUAGUAAACCAGCGCCCCUGUCCUAUUUGGGCCAAUGUAUUUUACCCCCAUCAAACCAUAUAUUUUUGAAAAGUAGACAACUCAGGGUAUUUUAAAUGGUGGUAGUUUAAUACUUUUCAUGCAAUAAUUCUACCACCAGCCUUUGGCAAACUUUUGGGUAGUAAUUUUCUUCAUGUUUUUUUACACAUACAUUGUACUUUAGGCAUGAAUUAACAGAUCCUGUUAUGUAUCACUGCCAAACAACACCCCAAUAUGUGUUCAGCAACAUCUCCUGAGUACAGUGACAUCACCCAUGCAUAGGUUUGCUGGGUUGUUUGGGGGCUAAAAGGCCACAUUCAAGACUUGUACAUAUCAGUUUUUCAACUUGAUAUAUAGGUAUGCUUGGCCUAUCUUCAGUUUGGCAUAUUUUUGCAUCCCCCCGUUAAUGUUAACAUCAUGAAAGUUUAUAUUUUUAUAAAGUAGACAUUCCAGAGUAUUGUAUAUGAGGUGUUUUCACAUCCUUCCCCCAACCAUUGUGCUAAACAAAUUUCAGAGAACGUGCAUGGUGGUAAUUUUUUAAUUCUGCUUUUUAUGCACACGUCAUCUGGUUUUGGCCAGCCAGUUAUAUGUUACUACCAUAAAACUUUUUUAACCAAAUGUGCAGGUAUCAAAUGCACCUUUAGCAGCAUUCUCUAAACUAACUCCUGCAAAAAGAAUCUAAUUGGAGAUUUGGGGGGAAGGAAACUGACUAACUAAAAUUUGCUGUUUUCAAAAGAAAAAAAAACAGUGUCCUUUUCCUUUUUUAUAACAGACCCAGCAACAUUUCAGGGGAUUUGUUUUUUUUUUGCAGUUGGCGGUAUCUUAAAAAUAAAAUGUCUGGACUCCUUUGGCACCGUUGUUGGAACUUGACCAUCUCCAUAAAUUAUUGUGGAAAUCAGCUUGAACUAAAAUUGGAGAAAGGUGGUUCUUUCUGAAUUCAUUUUUUUUUAAAGAGUAAAAAUUAAUUAUGUGUUGCUACUUGCAUCAGGUAGAUAGCCACCUUUUUAUGCCAGGCUUUUGUCUUUCUUAAGAUAAGAUAUGGCUGCAUCAGCUGAUCAGCCAAAUCAACACCCCCCAUGUGCCUGUUAUAAGCCCUGAUGCACACCGGUUUUGUCUGUACCCUGCCUCGGACAGUGACGUCUGACAUGCCCUCGUUAUGGAUGGUUGUUAGCAUGUGAACAUCCUUCCUGUCCUUAAAUUUUAUUGCAAGCACUUUAGCUUUGUGCAGACCUUUACAUUCACUUUUUUUUUUUUUUGGCCUCUAUUAAAGGUCUGGGGAAAUCCUUGGCAUAUCUUCUCACACUGCCACAGGCCAGUAUCUAGAAACCCUAAAGAGUUUGAAACAAACAGACAAUGCUAUAAAAAUUGUCCACAUAAAGGUGGUAACCCUUAUUGAACAAGGGGAUCAGUAAGUCAAAAACAAGUUUCCCGCUUGUCCCCAGAGAGUCAGUACAGCCAGGAGGGUCCAGUUGACCAUCUUUCCCCUCAUAUAUACGAAAGGCAAAUGUAUAGCCACUUUCGCUCUCGCACAGUUUGUAGAAUUUUACGCCAUACCUAAAGCGCUUUGAGAGGAUGUAUUGUUUGAAUCCUAAUCUCCCUUUAUAUUUCAUUAACGAUUCAUCAAUAGAUACAUUUUUUUGAGGAGUAUAAACUUCAGUAAAUUUGUGCUGAAGAUGGUCUACCAGUGGGUGUAUUUUAUGAAGCCUAUCAUAUUGGGUGUGAUCUCUGCGGUGACAGAGGGUAUUGUCAUUGAAAUGUAAGUAUCUCAGCAGCAGCUCAAAUCUUGUUCUAGACAUGGUUUGAGAGUACACUCGACUAGAACAGAUUGGGUUGGUGCUCCAGUAAGAGCAAAUUGAUGGCUUCUUUAUAAUCCCCAUGAGAAUUGUAAGAGCCCAGAAUUUUUUAAGUUCAGCGACAUCUGUGGGAUGCCAAGCACACUCCUCCCUGACUGCAUAGCUAUCUGGAUUGGUAUCAAUAAAUUGGGUAGCAUAUAAAUUAGUCUGGGGAGCAAUCUCCUCCCACAUGGUAUCCCCUAAAAAUAGCUCCAUAUAUUGCAUAGAGGAGAAGUCAUCCACAUUGACAUUAAUGCCUGUGUUGGCACUAAAAGGGGUGAUUUGGGGCUCAGCUAACUGUGGAGAAACCUGUUCCUCCUCCACAUUCGGCGUAGCAGAGAAAGCACAGCUUCUUUUUGCAGCCAGCUCACACACAGAUGACAUGUCAGAAAACUGACCUGGGUCAAAAUCGGACGCAGUGUCAGUGGCGUCAGAGUCUGGCUAACACAGAGUUAAAAAACAGACUAAAUGAGACUAAAACUUCUGUUAGCAGCAAUCUGUAAACUAACUCCUGCAAAAAGAAUCUAACUGGAGAUUUGGGGGAAGGAUACUGACUAACAGAAAUUUGCUGCUUUCAAAAUAAACAAAAAAAAUAAAUCAGGAACAAGUAUUAUAAAAAUGUAUUUUCUGUGUGGUAGACCUUAAAACAUUCUCCAAUGCACAGUCCAGGUUUUGUAUGGCAAUCGGGACAGUGAAAAGGGGUGUCUGUCCUUUUCCCUUUUUUAUAACAGACCCGGCAACGUUUCUGGGGGUUUCUUUUUUUUGGUGUUGGCGGUAUCUUAAAAAUAAAAUGUCUAGACGACUCUUGCACUGUCGUUGGAACUUGACCAUCUCCAUAAAUUAUUGUGGAAAUCAGCUUGAGCUGAAAUUGGAGAUAGGUGGUUCUUCCUGGAUUAAUUUUUUUAAAAAGUAAAAAUUAAUUAUGUGUUGCUACUUGCAACAGGUAGCCACCUUUUUAUACCAGGCUUUUGUCUUUCUUAAGAUAAGAUAAGGCUGCAUCAGCUGAUCAGCCAAAUCAACACCCCCCAUGUGCCUGUUAUAAGCCCUGAUGCACACCGGUUUUGUCUGUACCCUGCCUCGGACAGUGACGUCUGACAUGCCCUCGUUAUGGAUGGUUGUUAUCAUGUGAACAUCCUUCCUGUCCUUAAAUUUUAGCGCAAGCAGUUCAGCCUUGCGCAGAGCUUUGCAUUCCCCUUUUUUUAAUUUGGCCUCUAUGAGAGGUCUGGGAAAAUCCUUGGCAUUUCUUCUUACAGUGCCGCAGGCCAGUGUCUGUAAACUAUAAAGAAUUUUAAACAAGUGGACACUGCUGUAAAAAUUGUCCACAUAAAGGUGGUAACCCUUAUUGAACAAAGGGUUCAGUAGGUCCCAAACAAGUUUCCCAGUUGUCCCCAGAGAGUCAGGACAGCCAGGAGGGUUCAGUUGAGCAUCUUUCCCCUCGUAUACACGGAAGGCAAAUGUGUAGCCACUUUCGCUCUCGCAAAGUUUGUACACUUUAAUGCCAUACCUAGACCGCUUUGAGGGGAUAUAUUGUUUGAACCCUAAUCUCCCUUUGUAUUUCAUAAGGGAUUCAUCGAUGGAUAAAGUUUGUUGGGGAGUAUAAACUUCAGAAAAUCUGUUCUGAAGAUGGUCUACCAGUGGGCGUAUUUUAUAAAGCCUAUCAUAUUCGGGGUGAUCUGUGGGGUGACAGAGCGUAUUGUCGUUAAAAUGUAAGUAUCUGAGCAGCAGCUCAUAUCUUGGUCUAGGUAUUGUUUGGGAGAAUAUAGGAGUCGAAUGGCUUUUGAUGGCUUUUUUAUUAUCCCCAUGAGCAUGGUAAGAGCCCAGAAUGUUUUAAGUUCAGGGACAUCUGUGGGAUGCCAAGCAUGCUCCCUGACUGUAUAGCUACCUGGAUUGGUCUCAAUAAAUUGGCUAGCGUAUAAAUUAGUCUGGGAAGCAAUCUCCUCCCAGAUGGUAUCCCCUAAAAAUAACUCCAUAUAUUGUAUAGGGGAGAAGUCAACCACAUUCACAUUAAUGCCUGCGUUGGCACUAAAAGGGGGGAUGUUGGGCUCAGCUAACUGUGGAGGUACCCAGUCCUCCUCCACAUUCAGCGUAGCAGGGGAAGCACAGCUUCUUUUAGCAGCUGGCUCACACACAGAUGACAUGUCACUAGACGUGCCGCUAAACUGACCUGGGUCAAAAUCGGACGCAGUGUCAGUGGCGUCAGAGUCUGACGCCAAGAAGGCAUAUGCCUCCUCCAAGCUGUACAUGCGCUGCAUGUUUCACACCAACAGACUAAACUAACAAAAUACUAAACACAAUAUUUUUUUUUUUUUUUUAAAACACUAAAACAGACUAAAACAGACUAAAACAGUAAUCCCUAAACUAACUCCUGUUAGAAGAAUCUAAUGGAGAUUUGGGGGAAGGAAACUGACUGACUACGACAGGCUAUGACAGACUACGACAGACUACGACAGACUAAAACAGACUAAAACAGACUAAAACAGUCUAAGACAGUCUAAGACAGUCUAAGACAGUCUAAGACACAGAUUUUUUAAAAUAAAGUUAACCCUUAAGGGCAAAAAAAAAAAUACAGACAGUAAAAAUGCACUGUCUGUAACAGAUCUGGCAGGGAAGGGGUUAAAAUAGGAUUUUAAUUAACUGAAGAUACUUUUUAUUUUUCACAGGAACAGUUGCUGCAACAAACUAUCAGGAUCUCUGUCUCUCUCCUCUCACAAAACGCUACAGAGAGGAGAGAGGCAGAGAUCAGUGUCAAAGUGAGUGUUUGUAACACCCACUUUGACACCAGCCAAUUGUGAGCGAUCGCGGAUCGCUCACAUGCCGCAAUUGGCUGUUACUAUCUGCCUGGGAUGCCGGGCAGAUAGUAACAACGGGAUUUCAGCGGAAGCAAUCUCUGAUCGCUCCCGCCGCCCGUUUUCCGUUAGGACGGUUCAGGACCGUCCUCGGUCGCAACGCAAAAAUGCCGAGGACGGUCCUGAACCGUCAUGCGUCCUUAAGGGGUUAAAACUGUUGUUUUAUUUACUAUAUCCUGUGAUGAGAUUAUUUUAAACGUAAACAAACAAAACAGCAUGUAGUUUACUUUUGUUGCCAAUAGGUGGCAUCUGCGGAUCUCUCCAGCUAGUCAACUGUGUUUACAUAUACUGCAAGUGGUAACAUCUUUUAUUUCUCAAACAAUGGGUGUGUAAAAUGUACAUAAGGACUUCUAAGCAUACUCAAUCAAGUGAUAACCGUGAUGGUAAGCACUCCAGAAAUUCUGUUUCUUUAGAAAAGUUAUAGAAGAGGUUGGAAGUGAUAAAUAGGCAUGAGAAGGGUGAAAGCAUUGUCUGUAUCAAUAAAUAAUUAGGUUGAGGCCUUAUUUUCGACUUGGCCAUGUAUUAACAGUUUUAUGUUCAACAUAUUAUCCGACCUCUAGUUUUAUAUGUCAGCAUAUACAGUAAAUUGUAAUACAGUAACUAUAUUUCUCUUUAGAUAAGUUAUCAAGUCAUACCUCCCAACUCAGGAUUCCUGAGAAUUGGGACGCGGGAGAGGGGGAGGUAAAGAGGGUGGGCCAGUGAUGCAGUUAAUGGCAGGUCAGCCUGAUGUUAAAUUGAGGCCUAAAUUAGGGAAGUGCAUAAAAAAAUUGUUCAUGCAUCCCAGCAAGCUGUCCAUUGUAUCUAAAGUAAAACUUCAGACAUACUGUUCUCAUGUAUCAUAAUCAUGGUUACUGGAAACUGACCUUUAUUAGAUUUCUUUAACCCCUUAAGGACACAUGACAUGUGUGACAUGUCAUGAUUCCCUUUUAUUCCAGAAGUUUGGUCCUUAAGGGGUUAAAGAGACCCUAUUUGGACUAAAUUAAAUAUUAGGUGAUACUCUCAACCAGUGAAUUCCUGUCCAAAUGUGGACAAGAUUGAUAAAUCUAAGACAGAAGUGGUAUUUCCACUUUAGUAAGAACCCAAGGCACCAAGGUAUCUGUUAAACCAUUUGAAAAUGUUAGAUUGUUAACAGUGAGGCAGCACCAGGGACUCCUGCUACAAUAACCUCUAUAUCCCUCUGUCGAUAUUAUGGUGUUUAGAGUGCCCCAUUAACAACUGUAGCAUGUCUUUUCACACCACAGUUGACUAAGCAAAGUCACUUCUUGUCUUACUAUCAUAAAAACUUUACCUUUUACUUUGCAAUUAGUUUACCCUUUACCUAGUGUGAUAAAACAUUUUGGCCAAUACAGUGAUUUAUAUAAAUAGGCACAUUUCUUGUGAGCUUCAUUUGGUAAAGGUCAGUGAUUUAUUUUAAUCCAACAUAUAUUGGGAGACUCACAGGAGUAAGCAUAGGACAAAUAUGAACCACCUUACACAUUUCUUGCCCUACAGCAAUUCCUUAAAGAACAACUGUCUGCUAUAAAGCAUUGAAGUUGUGCUCCUUGAAUAUAUUAUGGUGCACAGAGGUCUCCUGUAUCUGUAUAACUUGUAAACAUUGUAGGAGGGUUUUUGGAGAAUGUUAUACUUUCAUCUCUGUCUAUACAAUAUAUUUUUAAGAGGUGCACACACCACGUACCUACCUCCAUUCACAAAUUGUGAACGGGGUUGUCAGUAAACUGUUAGCUUAUUCGGCAGUUCUGUGUAUUUAUUUAGAGUUAUUGCUGCUGCUUACUCAUAAACCAUGACAUUUUUUUUACAUUAAUCUUUUUUGUACUCCUAGGUGCUUGCCUUAUUGAUCGAGAUGGGAUGCUUUUUAAAUACAUUCUAGAUUACCUUCACGGGGAAGUAAGGAUUCCAAAAGAUGAGCAAACGCGAAUUGCUCUGCAUGAAGAGGCUGAUUACUUUGGAAUUCCAUACCCUUACAAUUUGACUGAUCACUUGGCAAACGAGAUGGAGACAUAUUCUUUAAAUACAAAUAUAGAACUUAAAAAGGUCCUGGAAAUAUCUUGCUUUUCUUCACCUUGUAUACUACAUAUAUUGUACUGUGUUUUAUCAAGGCUCACAUUCUCAACUUUUAAACUACUAGCCAGGCCCAAACGUUACUUGCCAUUGCAUAUCUCCUCCAAUGCAAUGGUUGGGAAUGGAUAGGGUGGCAGCAUGGUCAGCUAUAUUGUGUCUAAAUGAUUCAUUCAACAUUUGACAAUCCUUAACGUGUGGGGAUUCUGUGGACAUAGUGUGCAGUCUUUACCAGUAUCCUAGGAAAGUGAAAAUAUAUAAAAAAUUUAAAUAACUAUCUAUAUAAUGGCAAUACGUCUUGCUAGGAUAAUAUGUUGAGAUUGUGUAGUACAUGAUUGAGAAGUGAAUCACAGUGAUGUUUUGGGGGGCAAUAUAUUAUUAAUGUCACUGUCAUUAAUUAUCUUUUUCUAGAUGACCUGUGCAUCUAAGAGAAUGGAGGAACUUAUUCUUAUCCCCCCCAUAAAUCUGUCACUUUAUCUGAGAAGCAUGUAGGCUGAUUGUUACAGCCUUUGAAUAACUCCCUGUGCUUUCCAGCAUCUAUGUCUGUGUUAGAUUAAGUUUAUUAUGGUGACAUUAAAAGAAAAAGCCAAAAGGUGAAAUAUAUUUUAUUUUGAAUACAUUUUGUGACAAAGAAUACUGUCUUAUUUUGUCUAAUACAGUGUUAUUUUUUGCCUAGGUUUUAAUUGAUUUCUGUGAUACCUAUGGCUUCAUAUGUACAAAACCUUCAGUGUGGGUGUUAAAUUACUUACAUACAAGUGGCUCCAGCUGUCAGAGUAAAGUGAUUGGAGUUUACGCAACCAAGAAGGAUGCACAAAUGGCGACCGAGAAACAAUUAGGAGAACGAAUUAAUCAUAAAAAUAUGUACAAAAGGUAAGCAUUUUUAAUUUAAUGUUUUGUUGGAAGAGCGUAUGCUAAAAUGACAGUAAAGGAAAAAAGACAUUUAGUGGAGGUUUUUUUCCCUUUCUAUUGGUAACUGUUUGGCAGUCGACCAUCUGCUCUAAUGUUAACUCUCAUACACAAUUUUGUGACCAUAAUGUCAAGCCCCUUAUGGUAAACCUUUUUUUUAGUGCCAAAGGUAUUUCCACAGCUUUGACAGUUAAAGGUUUCACUAUAAUAGACUGAAUUUUAUUAACAGGAAAUUAAAAAAAAUUGAUUAAUGUAAUAUUCACCAAAACAAUCUGCAAUUAUUUUCUAUACACAAUAAUAGUAUACAGUGUGUUAAUAUGUACAGACAUCCACUGUAUAUCACAAAGAGGUGGCUACCAGGCAAUCUUGGCCUUGUAUUUGUUUUAUAACAGCCAAGUGGAAUGAUCCCUUGAUUAGAUCUAAAAGGUUUAAACUGUUUUUACAGGCUUUCAAGGGGCAUUAAUGGAGUAUGGUCACUUCAGAUGUAAAGGCAUAUUUUAUUAGCUUACCAAAAGCUAAUCAUUUUGCUCUUUGAAAAAAAAAAAAAAAAAACGCAUUUUUAAAAACUCUUUCCAUUUACAUCAUAUGCCAUGCUUUGUUGGUACACAUUGCCAUCCAGUGAAAAUAUUUUUCUUCUUUUUUCUGUAUGUUACUUGUGUAAAUUCAGAAGGGACUUGCAUAGCUUCGGUUAUGGGGUGGGCACUCAAGCCAAUAAACUAGAUUGUGGUUAAGGAUGUUGUCUCUUCAUUAGUGACCCAGGCAGCCUGAAGCAUUAAGAUGUCCUGUAAAAAAAUACAAUGGCAUUAAAGUGAAAAAUAUAUAAUGUUUUAUCUUCCUUCCAAAUGAAAUCUAUUUUCAAUCUAUAGCUAUAUUAAGGGAGCACACUGAGUACAAUAACCACUACCUACUGAAGUGAUUAUAGUGCUAGAAAUCUGAAGGCACCGUUUCCUGGUUCUAUGUCAAACCUUGUUCUAGUAGCUUCACACAAACCGAGAGUCCCACAUAGCUAUAGCUCACUCAUCCACUAAACAGCAACUUCAAAGCUCACAGAUUAUAUUAGUAUUUUUUAAAAACACCUAACCUAGGUAAAAAUAAUGGGGGUUUAGUUACGGUAUAUGAUCAUACAUUGCAUAAACCUGCCACAGUGAGUAAAUGCGCUGGAUCUUGUGUAUUGUAUGAAUUAGCCCCAGCAGCACCCCAUUUAUGCAUGUUCAUGUCAGUGCAGCACCCUGCUUUCAUAUAUAUAUUUGGGAAUCUAGGUCAACUCCUUGGUUUUGCAUCCCUCCCUGUCACAGGUGCCUCAUACCAGGGCUCUAUUUAACCUUGUCAGUAUGUAUGUCUGUGUGUGUGUCAGUAUGUGUGUAUCUCUGUGUCUGUGCCAGUAUAUCUGUGUGUGUGUGUAUCUGUGUGUUUGUGUGUGGGUAUUUGUGUGUGUCUCAGUGUAUGUAUCUGUGUUUCUUUUUGUGUCAAUGUGUAUUUGUGUGUCAGUGUGUGCAUUUGUGUAUGUUUCUGUGUGUGUGUAUUCUGUGUCAAUGUGUAUCUGAGCAUCUGUGUGUGCAUCAGUGUGUAACGUGUCUGUAUCUAAGUGUCCGUGUGUAUCGUUGUCAGUGGUAUGUGUAUGUGUAACAUGUGUCAGUAAUUAAGUGUCAGUGUGUGUAUCGUUGUGUUAGUGUGUGUAUCUGUGUGUCUGUGUAUGUAUGUGUAUCAGUGUGUGGAAGUGUAUACACUACAUACAAAUGCAUACCUGCAUUCAAACACCAACAUUCACACACAUACUCCAUACAAAAACAUGCUUACAAUCAAACACACAUUGUAUGUAUGUGUGUGUGUGUGUGUGUGUGUGUGUGUGUGUGUGUAUAUAUAUAUAUAUAUAUAUAUAUAUAUAUAUAUAUAUAUAAUUAUUUCUAUACACACUACACGUGCAUGAACACACACUGCGCCCAUUUUAUACACACCGCAUUAUUGUGGGCAGAUUUGAAGGUGAACCCUGAGUACUGACUUGGAGGCAGGCCCCCGGGGGCCCAGACCUUGAGCUGUGUUAGGGGCCCCAAAAUGUCUGAUGGCAGCCCUGCACAUGCCCAUCGGGUGGCCACUGUGUGCAGCCGCAUGGUGAUAUUGCUGCCACUGGUGCCCAUUACCACUACAAUGUGCACAUGUCAAUUACUUGUAGUGGUUAUGAUGAUUAGAGUGUCCCUUACAUUUUCCUGAAAAGCAAUGUGAGCAAAUGUAACAAAAUUGACAUUAUGUUCCUUUUUUUUAAUGUGUUUUUCUGCCAGGGAAGCUGGUGGUAACAUACAAUAUAUUCUGAGCUACUAUAGUGUGUCUGAGCUGAAAAACAUGAUGGAUGCUUUUGAGACAUGGAAGGGAAGAGGUAAGCAAAAUCCUUUGAACUUACCAUAGCUAUUUGGCUUCUACUACUGUUUUGUAUAAACCCUUUUACAGGGUAAUUCACUAAGGUCCACAAGGCACUCUACUGAAUGGGGCAAAGCCAUCCGGCUGCAUAUGGUGCUAUUUAGACUGCAAAAUUCAGACAUUGAUGAAAUUCAUUAAUAUCCGGAUUUUGUAAAUCAGGCCCCAAACGACUAUGAAUUUGGUCUGAAUUUCAGCUGAACCAAAAGCUGCAAGACGACUGAAAUCUGGGAAGAAUAAAUUCAAUCUGAUAAAAAAAAUAAAAAAUAAUCUGAAUUAUUUGCCCACUGGCAGUGCUAGCAGCCACUAGGCAAAUAGUGAAAAACCAUAAGCACUACAAGGUUUAAUUAUUUGGCAACUGGCCAGCGCUUGCUUACUGCCUGCCACAUUAAGCAAGUAAAAAUACAUAAAAAUCAUAUGGUGUGGUCAAUAGGUCCCCCUAUAUUACCAUAAUCAGGGAAAUGUAGCUGUAGUCCCCUCUCCUGGCCCCACCCAUACUGGCCGGUGGGUGUCCUAAUACGUAUGACAAUGGGAGGACCUAUUGUCCCUUUCCCUGGUCCACACCAAUGCUGGUGGGUGGGGACUCAUAUAUAUAUAUAUAUAUAUAUAUAUAUAUAUAAAAUUGGAUGGGACGUAUUGUUCCCACCCAUGCUGGCGGGUGGGGGCCCUAAUUAAUUAUAAAAUAGGGGGUGGACAUGCCAUUGUCCACCCACCAAAUAGUAGUGGGUUUACCUCUGGGUGGCUAGGGUUCCCCAAUCCAUUGAUAAAUAAAUUUUUAUAUAUAUAUAUAUAUAUAUAUAUAUAUAUAUAUAUAUAUAUAUAUAUAUAUAUAUAUAUAUAUAUAUAAAAUCGAAAAUGUGGAAUGUUGGUUAAGUGAAGAUAUAUCAGUCCUGCUUUGCUAAAUAGCAGUCUGAGGUUUUUCGGUUAAAUGUCCCAGGGAGAAAUGUUGAUUUUGCACGAUAAAUUGCUGGUAAUCUGCAAACCGCGGUAAGGGUCCCUGGGGCAGAGUCAGUGCUCCCAACAGCACUAGUUGCUAAGUUACAGCCAGGCCAGAACCUGCAUUUGACUUAAGAGUUCCACAGAUGUGACUAAUUGAAACUAACCUGUAGCUGGUCAAUUAACAGGCAGUCUUAUAAAAGAAGGGAUGAGUCUGCUGCAUAGUAAGGGGAAAAAAAGCCAGCUAGGAGAGCUGAAGGACAGAGGAAUGGUGUUUCUUGCAAGUGUAAUUUUUUUUUUUGUUAUUGAAAAUUUGUAAGUGGGAAAGCCAACCAAUUACAGGCAGUUAUUUAUUUGUUUAGUAAGUGUUCAAGUAAGAGCAAGGACUUUUUAUUUGUUUAAUUUUAUUUAAAACACCUGUUUAUUUUCAUCAAAUAAAUCUGGAAAACUGAGCUAGAUGUGUCUUGGACUUUGAUUACCUUAGAAGGCUAUGGUUACCAUAAGAUCUGUGACAAAAUCCUACCUGGAAAAUAAGUAGUUUGUCACUAUAUAUAUAUAUAUAUAUAUAUAUAUAUAUAUAUAUAUAUAUAUAUAUAUAUAUAACAAAGAACUUGGAAAUGAAUAUAUGUUCUGUACAGUACCCUGGUGCAAUCUGCGUUGUAUAAAUAAUCUGAAAAAUUGGGGCGCACUCAAAGGAUUAACAAUCGAUGGAAUCAUUUAAUCAAUUAAUUAAAAUACACAAAUAAGCAUUGUCACAAUCAACGUUUUGACCCCUAAGGGUCUUUCUUGUGAUCUUAAAAUAAUCUGCAGAGAAAUCACCUUCGGCCAUCUGAAGAUCGAUCUUAUGGCUAGAAGAUACAACAGGAAGUUCAUGAGAUUUGCUUCACCCAAAUCCAUAUCUGUUAGAUAGCCUCUCAGUCCCUUGGGACUUUUAUCUUGCCUAUGUGUUUUCCCCUAUAGCUGUCAUACACAGGGUUCUGCAAAGGAUAAGAACAGACCAUGCAAUGAUAAUCACAGUCAUGCCCACAGUCAUGAUGUUGGAACUACUGGAAGUCUCUCAAAGAAAUCAUUCAAAAAUUCCUCAGAAAACAUUAUGAAGAACAGAGAUGUCUCUCAGAUUGCUCUGAAGCUGUUCAAAGUGACCGUUUGGGAGCUGCAAGGUUUACACUGUUAGCCCAAGGGCUUAGCAUAGAAGUCAUUGAUAUUUUGGGUCAGUCUAAUAUAAAGUCUACCUGGAAGAUACACUCCAGAAUUUGGAGAACUUGUUCUUCAUGGUGCAAGAGAAACAAUGCCUCAAAUGCCUCCAAUCCUCAAGUACUGGCCUUUCUUCAAGAACGCUUCACAAAAGGCCAAAGUUAUCUCUUCUUAAAGUGAGGCCAGGCCUCUACCAUUCUCCAAUCCGGCACGCAGUUCCAGGCUGCUGAGUGGAAUGUCUCAGUUGCAAAAGAUGACUCCUGAGGGCUCCAGUACAGAGAGAGCCCCUUUAGUCCUUGGAUGCCUUGUCACCUGUCUGAUCUCCCUUCCAAAAAGCGCCAUGUUUGGUGGUCCUAGGGCCAAAUGCAACCCAGGUUUUUACUUUUGCUGGACUGCCGUAAUUCUGCGAUCCGACCUAUAGUACCAUGCAAUUACUGGGUAGGACCCUGUAGGGCACACUGUGCCUGUGAGAACCUUUAACUAGUUCCUGAUGGUUGGUUUGGUUUAUCACGCCAGAAUGCUCAGUGGGGGAGGGAUUACCACAGUGAUUUUAGUCCUUUUUGGAGAAGGUGGUGCUAGGGAGUCCUGCACCAGUCCACAGUGUCAAAGUGGUCCAUCACAACUGGUGUUGAGCUUGAAGGCAAGAUAAAUUGAUUUGUCUUUUCAGGAAGAGUGUAGGGAGGCAGCGUUAUUGAUAGCUGGGAGGAGGGUAAUAGAAGCCUGUUAUGCUCCAUAGAACAAAACAGAACAAUGCAAGACCACAAUCAUUAAAAUUAGAGAAUUAGUUCAGCACUCUUAUCAAUGAGCGCUGUCCUGCAUCAGCUGUGUUUUGCUCUGGAGCCAUCUGGUUUCUGCUGCUGGAGACGACCUGAAGCAGUGUGGGUACCCUGGUAAGUUGUCAAGCUGUGUUACAACACUUUGGCAUGUUACAAAGAGAUGGGCAACCAAGGUACACAUGGCACAAUAACCUCUGCAUCGGACUGCCAUGGUUAUGGUGCCUGGAGUGUUCUUUUAAAGUCUUAAUAAUAAUAAUCAUCCCACAAUAUGCAGAAAUAAUUUGUGCUCUUCUUUUAUGUUUAAAGGAACACAGUGCUUAUCAAACUGAAAACCCGAUCCUCCAUUCGCAGCCCGAACAUGUCAAGAUAAGAUUCAUGAAGAUAGAAAUAACAUUAUCAAUUAUAAUAUUGCAUGUGUUUGCCCCAUGACACCAUGAUAGAUUAAUUAUACCAAAUGAACCAACAAAUGCGCAGUUAUGCAGUUUGCAUUUUGUUCAAUCCACGUGCUAUGUGGCUAUCUCUCUGGGAACAAAUGGUUAAAUCUUUCCAAUUAGAAUAAACAUAUCAAUCUACUACAAUAUUUUGUACACUGAUCAGCCACAACAUUAAAACAACCUGCCUAAUCUCGUAUAGGUCCCUCUUGUGCUGCCAAAAUAGGUCUGAUGAGUCGAGUCAUGGAAUCCACAAGACAUGUUAAUGUAUCCUUUGGUAUCUGGCACCAAGAGAUUAGGAGCAGAUCCUUUAAGUUUCGCAAGUUGUAAGGUGGGAAAUCCAUGAAUUGGAUUUCUGUGUUCCCACAGAUGCUGAAUCGGAUUGAGAUAAGGGAAAUUUGGAAGCCAAGGCAAUUUGAUGGUACAUGUCAAAGAAUGCCAGAACCCAAGGUUUCCCAGUAGAAUAUUGCCCAGAGCUUAGCACUGCCUUCUUCCCAUCGUGGAUCCUGCUGCCAUCUCUACCCAGGUAAAUGACGCACACCUACUCUGCCGUCUACAUGGUGUAAACGAAAAUGUGAUUCAUCAUACCAGGCAACCUUCUUCCGUUGCUCUAUAGUCCAGGUCUGAUGCUCACGUCCCCAUAGAAGGCACUUGGUCAUCAUGGGCACUUUAACCUGUCUCCGGCUACGCUGCCUUACACACAGCAAACUGCGAUGCACUGUGUGUUCUGACACCUUUUUAUCAUGGCCAGCAUACAGUUCAGCAAUUUCAGCUACAGUAGCUCUUUUGUUUGACUGGACCAAACGGACUAGCCUUCGCUCUGCAAGUGCAUCAACAUGCCUUGGGUUCCCAUGACCCCUGACAUUGGUUCACCGGUUGUCCUUGCUUGCACCAUUUUUGGUAGGAACUAACAACUGCACACCGGGAAGACCCCAUAAGACCUGCCAUUGUUCUGACCUAGUUGUCUAGCCAUCACUCUUUGUCCUGUGUAAAAGUCACUCAGAUAUUUUUCGCUUGCCUAUUUUUCCUGCUUCCAACAGAUUAAAUUCAAGAAAUGACUGUUCACUUGCUAUCUAAUACAUCCCACCCAUUGACAGGUGCCAUUGUAAUAAUAUUAUAUUGAAUUCUUCUGUCAGUGGUUUUAAUUUUGUGGCAGAUCAUAUUUAUAAUGGUGAUUUAGGCACCCUCUGCACCAAAGAACUUAGUCUAUUGCUUUGUGGAACAUGAAGUGUACUGAGAUUUAUUUGUGUGUGGGUGGGACAAUGACAACAUUAAACAAAAAGUUCUAGAGUUUUUAGUUAGCUGCCUGUCAUUUUAAAGAAACCCCCCAAGCAGCAUAAUCAUUAUAGCGUGCUAUAGAGGUUAUAGUACCAGGAGUGCCGUGGCACUCACCCAUUGUAAGUAGUCAAACUGUUUAGUAAUGCUUCCAUUUCUUAUCUGAGGUGUGCCAGAUCCCACUCUCUACCUCUUCUCAGCAGGAAAAAACAGCUAGAAGCUCUUGUUAGGAGCUACUGUUAGAUCUCCUGAGCUUGGCCAAGUAGUGCAGGGCUAGCUCAUUGGCUGAGCUUGUCAGCUGAUCACUCUUAGCCAAUGGGCUAUGCUUUGUACUGACAGGAGGAGGCAGAAAAUGGCACCCAGUGGACCCCAGAUAAAAAGUCAAACUGUUUAUACUUGCAUUGUGCGGGUGCCAGGGAACUCCUGGCACCAUGACCACUAAAUUAGGACAGCCACUAGAGGAAGAUUUACAUUGCAGUUUUUUUUUUUUUAAAAAGGACAGGAACAUUGCACCAAGACCACUUCAUGGAGAUGAUGUGGCUUGAAUUUCUUUAGUGAUCAUUACAUGCAGUCAUGGGGAAAAAAAAGUACACCCUCUUUGAAUUCUAUUAUUUUACAUAUCAGGACAUAAUAACAAGUAUCUGUUCCUUAGUAGGUCUUAAAAAUAAGUUUAUACAACUGCAGAUGAACAACAACACAUGACAUAUUACACAGUGUCAUGAUUUAUUUAACAAAAAUAAAGCCAAAAUCAAAACAGAGAAGUUCAUGGGGAGUUCAGAGGACAUCAGUACUGACAUCAGCAGAGGGAUAACCCAGCUAACACAGUACAGAGAGCUCUGUGAUAUCUAUCAUGCUUCAGCUUCUGAAACUGUGGUCACUGAGCGGAGGGACAUGACCAGGAUCUUUUCAAAUCCCUGGGGUCUCCCUCAUCACAGGGAUAAACUGAUUUAAAGAGCCAUUAUGUGCAGCGCUCACUUUGAGCACCGUACAUAGCAGACUGUCAGUCUGUCAACUGACAGAGGGAACCAUUAGGUCUCAAAAGAUACCUGGGGCUCCCUGUUUCAAGCUGGGUGUAGACUCAGAAUUACCAUAGAUAAAGGAGUGCUCAGCCACAGAAUGUAAAUAACUUUAAAGGGCUAUUUAAGGGCUGCAUAUAGCUCAUCUGUCAGUCUGGGGCCACUAAUGGUUCCAGCAUGGAUUUAACCCUGCUGGUACUUUUAAUGCAUAGCGGUCUUUGCCGUGGGUUAAAGCACUGCAUUGCAUGAGGGCAUAGACUGUCAUGUGGUCCUUAAGGGGUUAAACACUUAAGUUUUUUAAAAAGUGUAAGUAUUUUUUUUUUUCAAUGUGCUAGUUUAACAUAUUACUAUUUCAGUGAAACUUGACUGUUAAAGCUUUCUCCAUAUGUCUAAAAUGUUUUUAUUACCCUAAAAGAAUAUGUUGUAGGAUGACUUAAAAGAUAGUGCUUUGUAAUCUGCAGGUUUCAGUUACUGGCGCGUUCCUCAGGAACUAAUCGAAUGUUGGACCCUUGAAGAACGUCCUAUAGAAGGAAGUGAGCAGAAUAUGUCUCCAGUAAACAGAAGGUACAGCACAUUAAACAUCAUGUUAUGGAUGUAACACAAAGAAGAGAUUUGUCUGUGGUGGAAAGAAACAUUAUGGGUGGUACAAAUGUUAUAUAAAUGAAUAUAUAUCUAUAUAGGUAUAUUCAUAAUGAGAGCACUAGUACUGUAUUUAGAUAUAAAGUACUGUAUUUGGAUAUAAAGCACAAGUUGUUACUCAUCCUAAUUUUUAGUUAGCACACUCUCUUUUCGCCUUGUUUCUCUAUCCCACCUAGUUUUCUGUAAUGCCUCAUUAAACCGCAUGCUAUGAUGCACUGGAUGUUGUACCCUCUUUUCCAAGUACUACUGAAGUAAAAUUGUGUUUUUGUAGUAAGAGUGCAUUUGCAUAAAUCAUUGGUUCUCAUAUUCUUUUUUCAUACUUAAAGUUCACCUGUUAUGCUACACAUAUCUUAUUGUAAAGUAUAUUAUAGUUCUCCUGCUAUUUGGCACGGCAAAUACAGCACAUGCACUUACUCCUCUAGCCAGCACUUCUUGCAGUGGCUACUGGAGGAUAGAAAUGGAGAGUCUGAUGUCACUCCAUUCAGAUGUCUAUGUGCUGGCAAUGGAUGUCACUUCAUUAUGUGGAAGGAUUGAUUUGCUUGUCCUCCAUCUGGGCCAAUCCUGAGAGCGCACAAGCUGGACCUCGGUGGGACUGGAGGUAGUUGUUACAGUAAUGUAACACCCACAGAGUUGCAGACGAGACCGAUUGAUCCAUGAUUAGUAGGAUACAUUUCUUUGAAUGGUCAGUUGAAUAUAUAUAAUUAGUCUCUAUGGUACAUUAUACAUUCAAGGAUAACAAUUUCCACUAGCCACUGGCAGAUGAAAAUGUAGCACUGGAGAGUAGAAAUUCACUUCUGGUAUAUGUGCCAUGGACUAUACUGGCGUGCAGUGGGUAGUAAAUAUUAAAGCCUGGCUAGUAGCACAGGACGUGACAUUUUAAGCCCUAAUACAUUCAUUGACUUUGAGAUGUUGGGCCCUUCGUGAUGACAUUGUGGAUUCUAUUGAAGGUUCAUACCCUAGGUAUUUGCUUCAAAACUCUUCCAAUCACAUCCAGAAUGUGCAUUCAAAAUAGGGACAUUUAGAGGUAAGUAUUUUUUUUUCUUCCUACAGUUAUAUUUGUGUCGCUAUGCAAUUUCUAUUUACAUAGCAAUCAACUAUACAAAUAUUCAGACAUGCAUUUAAAUAUUUCAUAAUAACUGCAUUACUUUCCUACAUUUUGCUCAGAUCAGAAUCCACAUAACAUCUCAAUAAAAUGUCACUAUAAGUAGAUGUAUUUUAAUAGGGAUGUGUGGAAUAUUAAUAUAUUCACCUAUAGAUUUAUUUUAACCACUGUGCCUUGCUUUCUAGGAGAUUAAUAGACUACACACAAGAGAAUGAGGACCAGACUGCAACAUCCAAAACUGGUCCAAAACCUAUUCGAUUUUCAGGCCCAUCUACAAAUACUAAUAUUAGAAUCAAGAGCUCUGUGUCAUUGAAACCUUGUGCCCAAAGAACCAAUUCAGAGGCUUCCAAUGAUGUUAGGCUAAAAAGACCAGUAAUUGAUGGGUCACAGCAGAAAAGGACUGACCUGAAAAUUCAACGGAUUAGUAUUGAUCCUGUGUCAUCAAAUAGAAAUGAAAGCCAACGCAAUACUCUGUCAAUUGUUGACAAAGGAACCAAACUUAAAGGCAAUGUCUCUUCUCCAGAACAGACCAAAUCAAGGCGCAUAAUACGACUUAAGAGGCCAUCUCUUAGCUCAACAUCUGUGUCAGAAAAUGAAUCCACAAUAUUGGAGGAAUUACAGGUAUCAACAUCACCACCAGUAACUGAUUCGUCCUGAAAAGAGAAAUUUUUGUAUUUUCUACAGUACUACAUUUAUUAAAACAUUUGCUUAAUAAAUAUACG